GUGCCUGAUGUUCUAUAAGCACACAAACGACAGACUUUUAUGCGAUGUUUUUGGUUGUCUUUCUUUUUGUGUGUGUGUCUUUCUUUAAGAUGUCAACCGUUUCCCGAUGAGCUUGGUGGUGGUGAAUUUCACACCCCUUUUUUUUUUCCUCUCUGUAUGGAAACCUGGGUGUUAAUGGUGCUGGAGCAGGUCGUGUUUUAUAAGGAAUGAGGCUGUCUCUGGGAGCAGAGGGAAAGAAGCGAAAAGAGAGGAUGUGAAGAAAGAAAGAUUCAAGGAAGCUGCCAUUCGCGACAGGCAUUUCUUGGAUUAUCCUCAUUUUUUUUUUUAUUUUUUUUCAGAGCAUGUAAACAUAAGUGCAUUUGCAAAGUACUUUUUUUUUCUAUUAUUUUUUUUCUAGUUCAGCAUGAAAAUUGUCUUCUCUUUUCACUUCCCAGUGAAACUUAACUGUGCGACACCUAAAUAUGGAAAGUUGGUCUGUGGAUCAAGUCUGCAACUGGCUGAGACAGAGCAAUUUAGGAGAACUAGUUCCUAAGUUUCGCGAAGAAGAAGUAAGUGGAGCAGCUCUCUUGGCUCUGAAUGAUCGUAUGGUGCAGCAGCUGGUGAAGAAGAUUGGGCACCAAGCAGUGCUAAUGGACCUGAUUAAUAAAUACAAGCAACAAAAACAUGGGAUACAAUCUUUUGCAUAUGUCUGCGAAGCAGAUUUACCAACCCUUCCAGAGAUCAGUGGGUGA